AUUUUCCUUCUCAUAUUUUCUCGGGAAACAAACAAGAAAUUAGUGUUCUUGCUCUGAAAUUCAAUGACUUUUUAUGAUGAAAGUAUUAAUAGCGAGGGGGGAGAGGUGGCGCCAGAGCUGAAACUAAGAGUUGAGGGUGACGAUGGUGUUAACGGAAAAGGAGAAAAUUUGAGACGACGGUUGUUAGAAGAAUGUGAAGCAGAUGAGAGAGAUUUAUCGGUACAGGAGCCCGCCUUUUGUUCUUUACAGAGAAGGUCUAUUUGGUUUUGGAUCAAAUUGGGGAUUUUAUUUACAUUUAUAGGGUUAUUGGCUGCUGUUUUCUUCAAAUGGGCUGGUCCCUUUUUGAUGGAUAAGGAGCUAAUGCCUAUUUUAAAUUGGGAGAUGACAACCUUUAGUACUCCAGUACUGGCAGUUCUAGUCUUUGCUUCCGUGGCUUUGUUCCCCACGAUACUCCUACCUUCUACACCAUCUAUCUGGGUGGCAGGGAUGACUUUUGGUUAUGGUUUUGGAUUUCUACUAAUCAUAUCUGCAGCUUCUGUGGGUGUAUCACUUCCAUUCUUUAUUGGCUCUCUCUUCCUUCACAGAAUUCAAGGCUGGUUAGAAAAAUAUCCUAAGAAAGCUGCCAUUCUGAGAGCAGCUGGUGAAGGAAAUUGGUUCCAUCAGUUUAAAGUUGUAACAUUAAUCAGGAUCUCUCCAUUCCCAUAUAUAAUAUAUAACUACUGUGCGGUGGCAACACACGUUAAGUAUGGUCCUUACAUCUUGGGAUCUUUGGUAGGAAUGGUGCCAGAAAUUUUUGUCGCAAUAUACACAGGUAUCCUCAUACAGACGUUGGCAGACGCUUCACAAGACCGACACACCCUAUCAGCUCCACAGAUUUUGUUAAAUGUUGGUGGUUUCCUUUUAACGGUGGUCACAACAAUUGUUUUUACGGUUUAUGCUAAAAGAAAACUAAAAGUGUUGCAGGGUGAAGAAUUGGUGUUGCAGUAAGAUGUAGUUUGCUUUAGAGAACAACCAUUCUCUACACAACCUAGGUGUCCGUCUCAUGUCGAGACACGUUGUAGGGCUUGAUGAAGUAAAUAAUUUAUUGAAGAACUUCAUCCAUGUAAGGAAAUGUGACACAAUAUUGGAACUAUGUAACAUGGUGAAGGAGUGACACGGGAAAACCAAACCAAGAGAAAACUCUAACAUCGUAAAGAUAAGAAUGUUUUAUUCUUCCAAUUUUAGGAGAGUUUAUUCAGUCUUCCUCUCUCACGUAAUUGAGAUUUGUAUAUGAAUGGAUAAAGUGGACCAAGGCAAUAUUGUUUACAUUAUGUACAUGAUUCAACUGUCAUUUUCUUGUUGACUUGCUGAAUAUUAUAUUAUUAAGAAUGUUUGCUUUUGUAACAGACUGGUGUUCACUAAUCCUUAUUAUUGUAUUGGAUUUCACA